UAAUAGUCGAGUCGUAUGAGCAUGGACGUAAUGGCAGAAUUUGUAAAUAUUUGCAAGUACAACUUUUCAUCGUAAGAAUCCCUACUGUACACGUUAAUAGAGACACAUGGUUGUGGUCUUUAUGGAAUAAUUAUGGUUAACGAGCUUAUUAAACAUGUCGUCAGUGAUCUCCUAUAUAUAUACUCUUCUCUUUCUCUUUAAUAAAACAGUCCUCCUGCUUAAAUUCUAACGAAAUAAUUUCAGGAAUUAAGAAGAUAUAAAGUUUGGAGGGAGGUGAUCAAGGAGAAUCAAGAAGAGUCAUGACUACUUUAUCAAAGAUUAUAUGUGUGUUGAUCAUUCUUUUCUUAUGCAUAUCCUUUCGAUAUUCACUUCAUGAUGGGAAUCAAGAAUCAAGCCGUGAUGUCGUUUCGGUUCGUAAGGUGACCGAAAAUGGUGACGUGGUGAUACGAGGAAGAAAACUGAUGAUGACAAAUGGAGAAGCAGAGAAAGAAACAACGAUGAAUAGAAAGAGAAAAUCAGGCAAAAGUGUUGACGAGGAUGGACUCGUUGCUUUCACUGCUGAUUAUUGGAGAGCCAAGCCCAAGCAUCAUCCUCCCAGGAACAAUUGAUCAUAAUCCUGUUAUGAAAUAAUAUAACAAAAUGCUAGCUUUUAUGAAUAUCUCUAUAGAUAUAUAUAACUUUAACUAUAAGAUUAUGUGAAAUAUGUUUGUUAUAUUAUGUGUUUCGUUUGCUUUGUAGUUUAUUUUACUUUGUUUCGGCUUAAUUAAUGGUUUACAUAUAAACCAACAAUUUUGAACUUUUG